AUGAGACUAGUGACGUUUCCAGGUCAGGGCACCCCGAUCUCGAUACCUAUGCUGAAAUCCGUGAUCAGGAAUAAGGGCAAAGAAUUCCAGACUGUGCUGGAUAAUUGUGGGGAGAAGUCCAAUGAUCUUUUGCAGUUUAUUCUGAAGAACCCAUCGAGUCCUGGGAGUAUAGCCGCAUGUUCGAAUCUGUAUUAUCAGUUGUAUAAGACCACGGAGACGAGGCCCAAAAAGUCGGUACUGUUGGGACACUCCCUGGGUGAGCUUGUUUGUUUAAGUGCGAACAAUUUGUUCUCGCUAAAAGACUUAUUUGAUAUUGCAAACUAUAGGAAUGAACUCAUGGUUCAGUAUACAGAAAACUACCUCCAUGCCCAUAGGAUAAGCCGUUCAUCACUGUUUGAAAUGUGGGCACUUUCAUCACCGAGAGCUAGAAAUCUCCCCGAGGAGGUGACGCAAUUAUUAUCAGCGUUACCAAUUGGUACGGUAUCGAUAGCGAAUGCCAACUCCAUAAAGCAAUGUGUCGUCACUGGACUUGUAGAAGAUCUGGAGUCACUGAGAACAGAACUGCAUUUGAAGAUUCCUCUUUUGAGAAUCACCGAGUUGACAAACCCGUUCAAUAUACCAUUUCACAAUAGCACCGUUUUGAGGCCGUUGCAAGAACGACUGUACGACUAUAUUUGGCAGAUCCUUAAAAGGAACAAUACUCAUACGCUAACAGAGCUUGAUUACCCGAUAAUUGCGAAUUUAGAUGGGAGAAUAUCUUUCCUAGUCCGUCAUGCAUUAGAAAGAUUUGUUAAAUGCAGCAGUAACACAGUCCAGUUUACCAUGUGCUAUGAUACAAUCAAUAACGAUCUUGCAAAAGAUCUGGAUGAAGCAGUCUGUAUUGGGCCCGGUAAUGUAAUUUACAAUCUAAUAAGAAGAAAUUGUCCGCAUUUAAAAACUUAUGAAUAUUCCUCCCUAACGACAAUAGAAAAAUUUCAUGAUGCUCAUGUUAAUGAUAAUGAAAAAAGCUCAUUUAAGAAACAGGUUGAUGAUGGAAAUGAAAUCGAAAAUAAAAUUUAA